AUAGAUAAAGAGGCAGCGAGGUAACCAAUCAUAAAAGACGGGGUUGGGGGGGUGUCUGUGACGCUGUGGGCUGACACGGCGCCGCAGUGAGAGAGAGGCGCGGCGUGGGGUUCAUUGUGUGCCUCCGUGAAUUAAAAUAACCGACAAUAUCGCGGGAGGACCGACAGCCGACAACAGUUAUCUUCUAUAAUAAGAGAAGAUGAGCGCCGCCCAGAACCGCGAGAAGGAAAAUAAGAAACAGUUGCAGCAGUUUCUGGGAGAUCUCGUUCUGCUCGGCUCACUGCAGGGGUUUCAGUAUUUCCAGCCCUGGCUUCGAGGCAAAGAGGAGAUGCUGCUAACUGUGGUGAACGAAGAUGUAGGCUGGAGGUCACCUCGUUUUCCUGGCUCUGUAGCCUCCUCUCUCAGCAGCAGCAGCUCAGGGGGCUGCAGUGUGAAUGUUGGGGUGCCGGGCAGUGAGGAGCCGGCCCUGCUUCUCUCCAGCAGGGUCGGUGAGGGGUACCUCCUCCCUGCCUCCCCCAGCGAUCACGAACUAGCCAUUCCAGAAGUAAACUGCACCCUGUUCCUAUUGGCCGGCUACGCCAAGUAUGGGCGGCCCUACGCCUGGAUCCGCUCCAAUCACGAGCGGCUGGUGAAUAUCGGCGGUGCCGAUUCGCUCAUCAGGGACACGCCCAUGAAACUGAAGUCUGUCGCUGAUUGGAGCACGCAGGGUACGCAGGUGUGGGAGGUGGUCAGUGAGUUGGUCGCUCUCUGUACCUCCCCUCCUCCUGUCAACCCCUUCUCUCUGGACAUGCGCUUCCUCCAGUCCCUCCCGCCCACCCAGAGACUCCUGGCUCCGGGGCGCUGGUCAACUUCCUGGAGAGGAUCGUCGCAACGUUGCAACCCGCAGGAGGCUUAUCACAGCAGAGUGGUGGAAGAUUUGGACAGACUCCAUCGCUUUCAUGUGCAGAGUCUUUGGGAUGUCCAGCGGUCGAGGGCACAGGGACAAGCGGACAGAGCAGACGAAGACCAGCCCGGUCAGCACUGGACCUCACCGGACUCAGAACCACGAAAACAAACUUAAUCCAGGAGAGGCUCCCGAGAUGAAAUGUCUGUCAUGGAACUCUGAAUUGAA